AUGGCGGAUAAGUUUGGGAGCCACAUGCCCUCAGAAUCGCAGCCUUCAACUGAAGUUGAAGAGCAUGACCACGAAUUAACUUUGACCAGCGAUUCCCUCUUCCGAGCCGCCAAUGGACACACCUCCCGUCAAGAUACCGAGCUCAAUAAACAAGGCGGUAGACGCAAUUCCAACUAUCCAGACUUAUCGAAAAUAUUUAAUCAAGACGAUAAGCAAUCUGUUCACGAAGACGAUAUCGUCGAGAAGCCACCCAUCACGGCUCCCGAGCCGCAAGUCUCCACUAAGACUUCGGAUAUUUGGUGUACACUGUUUAGGCCUUUCCUCUUGGAGCUUAAGUCAAAAGCAACAUGGCCUAUGGCACAGAAAGUUCUCAAGGCCGCUUUUGCCUAUUGGCUUGCCUUUGUCGUUGACCUUGUUAUACCUGUGAUGCGAGAUAUUGGUGGUGGAACGUUCUUGGCCAUCGUGAUGGAGACACUCGAAAGUUUUAGGCAUCUGCUUGAGCAGGAGACUCACUUUUUUCUUCGUAACGCUUAUAACAGAAACACAAUAUCCGAUUUAUACCAAGAACUACAGGGUAACCUUCAAAAUCUUGACGAGGCACGAAAGGAGGCGCAACACGAGAUAUCUUUUUCAAAGAUCAGCCAAGAGGAUUUAAAUAAUAUAGAUGGUAUUGUGAAGAACUUGUACACGGCCAUAG